GUGAUGGAGGCAGGCGACGCCACCACUCGACCAGACACUGUGGAUCACAACAUUACCACUCGUGCUCUCUGAUUGGCAGGAAAAGAACCUCACAAACUGCACGUACCGUAAAGAAGAAGAAGAGGCUUAGCAGGUCUCCCCAUUCCACUUGGCAGUUUCCUGUCCAAGCUUCUGAAUCUAUUCCAGUCCACUUGGCAGGUCUCCAGUUGCACCCUCACAACCCUCUUCAUCAGUCAACAACAAAAGCCUUUACGCAUAAGGCUUUUUUUACGCAUAAGAUUUUUUUUUAUAUAACGAAAGGGCUUAUAUAGUAUUUUUCAAUGUAACUUUGUCAAUUUUGUUGGUUCACAAUCGAAAGGACCCGGGUUCGACUCCUGCGUCAGGAGAAGAGACGUUUGACACAUUUUUGGCACCUGAUGCCUCUGUUCACCUAGUAGUAAAUACGUAUGGGGCAAACUUUACUGAAUUUUUAAUUUAAAGACAAUGCAAAAGUCCAUUGAAAUGCUUAUAUUUUAGAUAUAGAUUAACCCUGGAGCCUUGUAAUGCUUAAGACGAGUAGUUAAGACCAAGCAUGAUGUCUUCUGUUCCUAAGAAAGUGAAGCUGGACCAGGGAGCAGGUGUAGCCAGUACCACAUGCCAAGGAGCAGGUGUAGCCAAAGGUAUACCUGAUAACCCUGGAUCCCCUAGACCAGCAGGCACCACUCCCACAUUAUUCUUGGUUAGGGAAGGCAUACAAAACAAGCGUUUCCAGCUGAUGCUAAAGUUUGCUUCCAAAAAUGGAUUUGACUAUGAAGAAACUCUCUCAGAAAGGGUGACACACAUGCUCUCAGAUCUUGGAGAUAUGAAGCAGUUACUUCGUCUGUAUCCCUUGCUGUCCUCACAGUACCACAUUAAAGUAGUCUCUACCCAGUGGCUCUACAGCUCGGUUAGACAGCAAUCUCUUGUACCUGAAGAAGAGUUUAUCAUACCAGGAUAUUUUGAAUGGCAGGCCCAGAGGAAGCAAGAGGCAUUUAGGACCUCCACUAUGCAAAAGAUGUCUAAUAUCCAUGAAGUGCACUCUCCCUUGGAUAAUCACUUGCCAUAUGCUUGUGAUAAAUCCCUAGUGACUGAUUUUCAUAAUGACAUCAAAACUACUCCAUUGCCAGUGGAGAUAAAAUUUGACAAGAAUCACUUCAAUAGCAAUAUCCUGGAGAGAGAUGCCCCUUUGAACCACUGUAAUCCAAAACUUGUGGAACCACUGAUGUUUUUAAGUGAUUACUGGCUUGUAAUGGGAGAUGAGCGGAGGGCUUUAGCAUAUGCCAAGGCAGCCGCUACUAUCAAGUGUCUGCCUUUUCCUGUUAUCAGGAUGGAACAGGUAAUAGAUUUGAAAGGCUUAGGGUCUGGGCACAGCCUUAAAGUUAUCCAAGAAACUCUCGAAACGGGCAACUGCAAGGAAAUGCUGGUUAAAAAGGAGUCAGAAAAGUACAAGGUUGUGAAGGGAUUGACUGGUGUGUAUGGUGUUGGAUCCAGCUUGGCUGAACAAUUUUAUAGCACCCACAGCAUCAGAUCUGUUGAAGAUGUUUUACAUCUUUGGGACCAGUUAAGAAUUUCUGAUGAAAGGAUUAAAUAUGGUUUAGCCUACUAUACGGAUUUAAACACUCCUGUUGACAAGGAAAUGGCCGAGAGAAUUAAGGAUAUAGUGAACAAGGAACUAUGUAACAUUACAACUAAAUGUACUUUGAAGAUUUGUGGAGGGUUUCGUAGAGGUAAAGUAAGUGGCCAUGAUGUCGACUUCCUGAUUAAGUGUGACGAGAGGGAGACAACGGAUGUUCUCUACAGGCUGUUGAAGCACCUUAAGCAGAAGGGUUAUAUUCUUCAUGAAAAAGUGGAGAAGUCGUCUUAUAUUGAAGAGGACAUUUUCAAGAAGCACUCUGGUAAAGGGAACACCAUGGAUUAUUUUGAAAAGUGUUUUUGCAUAUUUCGAUGCCCUCUUUCUGACAACUGGACACCAACUCUAGUAUCUGAGCCAAGAAAAGAUGUAGCUAGUCUAGUGAAAGAGAGCGAAAAAAAACGUUCGUGGCUUGCAGUAAGAGUAGAUUUGGUAAUGGUACCACGCAGUCAGUGGGCGUUUGCUGUGCUGGGAUGGACGGGCAGCAAGCUCUUGAUGCGGCUCUUACGACACCAUGCCAACACAACUUUGAAUAUGUUGCUCAGUAGUCAUGGGCUCUGGAGCAGAGAACACAACAGACUUAUUCCUGCUGACUCUGAAGCAGAGGUUUUUAAGCACCUUGGUCUCUCAUACAAGGAUCCAUCUAACAGGAACUUUUAAAACAUGUCAUAGAUAACAAGAGUGUACCAUUGUCCAUAAUUUUUCAUGUACAAUCAGGAGUUUAUACCAAUAAAGUUUAUUACAACUUUUUUA